AUGGAAAAUGGUGGUAAAAACAGCAGUAGUAGCAGAAGCAAGGAGAGAAUCCAGAUGUCACCUCGGGACAUUUCUCUCACAAAGGAUCUCUUUCCUCCCUCUCCAGAAGAGAAGAGGAGACACAAGAAGAGCUGCCUGGUGCAGAGCCCCAGUUCCUACUUCAUGGGUGUGAAAUGCCCAGGAUGCUAUAAAAUCACCACUGCCUGUAGCCACGCACAAAGGGCAGUCUUCCGUGUUAGCAGCUCCACCGUCCUCUGCCAGCCUACAGGAGGAAAAGCGAGGCUUCCAGAAGGUUGCGGCUUCAGAGGGAAGCAGCACUAA